AGCUCACGCGGGCAUUCGGUUUCCGACAUUGGUCCAGGACAGUUGUGCUUGAUGUCACUAAAGACAUAACAGAUUGGCGCAGUCGACUACAAUGAACCUGCAUCCCCCACCAGUAUUUCUGCCUUCCCCUGGCAAACCGGCCAUUCCCUGGGAGGAGUGGAUACAGCUCUUCACGACUUACAUGGAAGCCUGCGGUGGAACGGGAUAUGCAUCUACACCCCAGCCAUGUUACGACAACGAACUAUAGCACAGGAGCGGACGAUGUGGACGAUGGCUACAUAACAUUGAUGCUACAUAACAUGCUCGGGACUAUGCUCGGAGCUAGAACGCGUGAACGGCUAGGGAUGCUGCGAAGGUUCCAGAGGGCCUGGGUUGUCUGUGCGGUGCUUGGCUUGCUGUCGCUGGUGGGAGUGGCAGUUUACACAAGGACACCACUGAUAUUCGUCAGCAAUUCGCUGCAUGGAUCCUGGCGACUCCCUUUCGGCAGCUCCUACAAUGUUCCUAUGUCAUGUGACGCCCUCAAGGACAUCGUAUUUCUCAAGACGCACAAGUGCGCCAGUUCUACCGUCAUGAACAUUUUCCUCCGUUACGGCGUUACGCACAAUCUGACGUUUGUCCUGCCUACCUCGAAAGUGACCCACUACAUCGGUCACCCUGUGCCUUUUAAUCACAACCUCAUUACAGAUAUGCGCCGCUACAACUAUUCCAACAAUAUCCUGACUCAUCAUACGCGCUUCAACAAGGCCGAGAUAUCUUACGUGAUGCCCAAAGACUCCGUCUAUGUUACAAUACUUCGAAGGCCCGAAGAUGUCUUCGAGUCGUUGUAUGCUUACUGUAGGCUCUCCAAAAAGUACCACAAAUCGCUGACGGAGUUUGUGAAUGACGACCACGCCCUCAAAUUGAUGAACAGAAAAAGGGUCAUUGAAGGCAAAAUAGGUUUUAACCAGAUGUGCUUCGAUUUAGGGAUGAAGACCCAAGACGUGGCAGAUGACAAUGCAGUACGAAACUUUAUCAAUUUCAUAGCGGAGAACUUCAAUUUAGUGAUGAUCGCUGAAAGGUUCGACGAAUCACUAAUACUGCUCAAGCAUCUACUCUGUUGGACGACGGAGGAUAUGGUUGCGUUUAAGAUAAACGCUAGAUUAGAUAAGUACAAAGAAGAAUUAAGUCCCGAAGUGAAAAAGAGGCUGCGCCAGUUCAAUGGUGGAGAUGUCAAAUUGUACGACUACUUUUCGAAGCUGUUCGACCAGAAAGUGGCAGAAUUUGGAGUUGAUCGCAUGGCCGAAGAAGUACAUGAACUGCGCUCCUUAAGGAACGCUUAUUACGAACGGUGCGUCGAUAGAGAAGAUACACUCGAUAAGGUCGUUCCAGAGCAGAACAGGAAGGAAGUGAUAGCCUUCAAGAAGAAAGAAGAUAGUGAACUGUGUCGUUACAUGACCUUGACAGAGUUGGAGUUCCACGACCUGCUGCUGAAGCGACAGAAGGAUAUGAUACAUGAUAUGAUUAGGUCGCGCAUCACGUAAUAUCUGUGAUAACAAUAACACUAUGGGGAAGUCCUUACUUGUUGGCACGGCUGAACUUCCCGGGUUGCGUUUACUACGUGCGGAUGUCUUUGCAGGCACGGAAUUCCAAGUGAUCCGUUCAUAUUGCGAAAACAAAGUGCGGAGCUUGCUAUCUGUGAUUUAUGGCUGCAACUGUGGAGCGCCCAAAGUGUUUCGAGCUGGUGACUAUAUAGCAAUUUAUGCCUGAACCGUUCAAAAACCGAUGAUGUUUCUGGAGUUUCCGACACAACUGAACAAAUAGUUACAAAAGCAGUACACGCUCACGAUAAUGAUGCGAGCACCCUAAUACUUUUCCAUGCAAGAUGCACCAUGGUGACAAUGCUUACCUAUACAUGAGAUAUUUAUUUUGAAUUUUAAUUAUACAUUGCUUCUGAUAACACGUUCUUUUAGAAUUUGGAGCUGUUCGAACCUAACAGUUUGGUCUAAUGUGCUCAGCGUCCAAAGUCCAAAGAGUGAACGACUCAUAACUACGUUCCACUGUUAGCCAAUUAAAGCUGAGAAGACCCUGCGCUAAUUGCCACAAUUUAUACGUUGCCGUUAUGUCCGAGUAAUUUCGUAGUUAUUGCUUUUAUUGUUUACGUUGCGUACGACAGUCGCAGGAAAGUAUAUUGAUCGUUUGUUAUCCAAAUUUUUAUAGCAUGUCAAUAAAAGAAGUCAAUGGUA